AUGUCUAAAAGACGCAGAGGACACAAGGAUAAGGAAGGAACGGUUGUUAAGCCAGGAGAUAGGGUAUCAGUUCCCCGAGACUAUUUCGAUCGUGAAGAAACCAUCCAGGGUAUUGGAGAUGAGGAGCAGACAGAGAGUACAGUCCAGGUGAUGUUGGAGGAGACGCUGUUGAAACACAAAUUGGAGAUGGAUCUGACUGGGCAAAUGAAGGAGGAAACCGCUCUGAGGGAAAUGAAGGAGGAAACCGCUCUGAGGCAAAUGAAGGAGGAAACCGCUCUGGGGCAGAUGAAGGAGGAAACCGCUCUGAGGCAGAUGAAGGAGGAGACCGCUCUGAGGCAGAUGAAGGAGGAAACCGCUCUGAGGCAGAUGAAGGAGGAAACCGCUCUAAAGCAGACGAAGGAGGAAACCGCUCUGAGGCAGAUAAAGGAGGAAACCGCUCUGAGGCAGAUGAAGGAGGAAACCGCUCUGUGGCAGAUGAAGGAGGAAACCGCUCUGAGGCAGAUGAAGGAGGAAACCGCUCUGUGGCAGAUGAAGGAGGAAACCGCUCUGAGGCAGAUGAAGGAGGAAAUCUUUCUGAGGCAGAUGAAGGAGGUAACCGCUCUGAAGCAGACGAAGGAGGAAACCGCUCUGAGGCAGAUGAACGAGGAAACCGCUCUGAGGCAGAUGAAGGAGGAAACCGCUCUGUGGCAGAUGAAGGAGGAAACCGCUCUGAGGCAGAUGAACGAGGAAACCGCUCUGAAGCAGAUGAAGGAGGAGACCGCUCUGAGGCAGAUGAAGGAGGAGACCGCUCUGAGGCAGAUGAAGGAGGGAACCGCUCUGAGGCAGAUGAAGGAGGAAACCAGAGAAAGAGAUUUCUCCAGUCAGAUCUACCCACGCCCGACAUUCUAG